CAAUAUUCAUCGAACCAUACUCCCAACGGGAAUUUUACUCUCUCGAUAUCAACCCUACCCUAGUUCUGUUAACAGUCACAAGUGUUUAGGAAGGAAAAGUAUGAUGCCUGCAAGUUUGCAAACACAACAACAAAAUGGGAAAACCCGCUGGUUUGAACGCCGCUCGUAAGCUCCGUACCCACCGUCGUGAAGAGCGUUGGGCUGAUGCCCACUACAAGAAGCGCUUGUUAGGUACUGCCUUCAAGUCUUCUCCUUUCGGUGGUUCCUCUCACGCCAAGGGCAUUGUCGUCGAAAAGAUUGGUGUUGAAGCUAAACAACCCAACUCUGCCAUUCGUAAGUGCGUUCGUGUUCAAUUAAUCAAGAACGGUAAGAAGGUUACCGCUUUCGUUCCCAACGACGGUUGUCUUAACUUUGUUGACGAGAACGACGAAGUCUUGCUUUCUGGUUUCGGCCGUAAGGGUAAGGCUAAGGGUGAUAUUCCCGGUGUUCGUUUCAAGGUCGUCAAGGUCGCUGGUGUCGGUCUUGCUGCCCUUUUCCACGAAAAGAAGGAGAAGCCUAGAGCUUAAAAAAUUUUAAUUAAUGCAUGUGGUGAUUUCCCCUUUUGUAUGAUGGAACUUCAAUGAGCAUUUGUAUAUCUGUUUUGUGGAAUAAGUAUUUGUACAUUUGUGAAUGUUGUGUAUAUAUGUCAAUACAAAGCUUGUAGUCAAUUUCAACAAGAGAAAAGUAAGGAUGGUUGGUACG